GGAGCACAAAAAGAGGGGACGGAGAAAAGAGAGGGGAGGAAGAGAGAGAAAGAGAAGCACAAGAGAGUGGAGGCAGCAAAGAAGAGAAGAGAAGAGAAGAGAAGAGAGAAAGAAAGAAGUAAAGAAGAUAAGCCAAGGCGAAGGCCCCUAAGAUCUCUGAAAAAGUGAGAGUAUCUUGUUUGAGAGGUGAGAAUCAAUUUAGGGUUAAAAUAUCUAAUCUAUUUGGGAAUUUUGGUGAAAAGGGGAAAGGAGAUUGAGUUAUGAGUGAUGAGUGAUGAGAGAUGAGAUAAAUCCGAGGAAGGAGGUGGGUUCAGCUGAUAGUGUUGCGGUGGUGGUGGAAUGGAUAGGAUUAGAGAAGCACGGAGAACAACUAUGGCAGCUAACGGUUUGACGAGGAGAAGACACAGGACUAACACACUCAGAGACUCGCCAGAUGAAGAUGGAGCCAUCGAGCUCCAGGAGCCGACGAGGCUCAGAGAUCGAGGGAGUGGGAAGAAGGAUCGAGAUCGAGAGAGGGAAAGAGAGAGGGAUCGGCUUGGCAGGACAAAGAGGAGGAGAGGGGAUAGGUUGAUGCACAGUAGCCGGGAGGAUGGUGGGGACGACACCUCCGAGGACAGUAUCAACGACGAAGAGGAUGACGAUGAUGGCGACGGAGGACUCGGUGGAAGAGAUGGUGGAGCUUCCGCUCCCGGUAGCGCUGGCGCUUCCGUCAGAAUGCUCCCACUUAACCCCUCCUCGAUGUCUUCAUCAUCGUCUUCCUUGAACCACCAUCGGAAGAGCUUCCCUCCGGCAAAAGUUUUUAGACCAACCCCGCCGACGACGUGGAAGGCCGCCGAUGAGAUGAUCGGAGUCUCUAUCCCCAGAAAGGCACGCUCAGCAUCGACGAAGAGGUCGCAUGAAUGCUGGGCUUCGACUAGCGCCAUAACGGCGGAGCAGAAUCACCGGCAGGCAUCCACUUCUCCGGUGAGAACAGCCAUGGCAGCGACAGCUGCUCCAGCUUCGCCGUCAUCGUCGAAUGCAUCAGCAAGGAAGAAAAUAAAGCCGAAUGGAGGAGGGCCAAAGUUUCGGCCACCAAAAUCAUCUUCGAAGUCAUCGUCUUCAGCGCAGGACGAUAUCGAGAUAGAGAUCGCGGAAGUGCUGUACGGCAUGGGUAGACAGUCACAAGGGCCAUCUAGGCAUGAAAUCUUGGCCCAUGAACCGUCAAGGGAAGCUAAUAAAUCUUCCGGUGACGGCAAGUCAAGGAUUUCAUCGCCGAUCUCCAACUCCCAAUCCUCGCUGCCUCAGAAUUCAAGCUCUUCUGCGGUUACUGUUUCCGCUGUUGCUCCUAAGAGGAAGAAGCCGCGUCCAGUGAAGCCAGAGGAUGAGAAUCCGACGAUUUUUGGCGCCCGUAGCAGCCCCAUUUCACCAGCAAUGAAACCGGAGUCUGAACAGCCUUCAAAGAAUGAAACUUGCUCGCUGAAUUCAGAUAAGAACGACACAGGAUCUGCGCCUGAGAAUUUGGACAAUCAGCAGCCGGUUGGGCCUUCGCCGGAGCUGAUUAAGCCAGAAGGCAACGUAUUAUCGGAUUCUAAGCCUUUGGUGGAGGAAUCGGGGAAACCUAAAGAUGUGGGAUUGAGCAGCAAGGAAGUGAUGGCGGCCCCUCACUCGCCGAAGAAGGAAUCUGCUGCUGUUCAGCAAGUAGAUGAUGACCGUGAAGAUGUGAAAGCGACUAAAGCGAAUCCGACAAUAUCAGAGGGUGAAAACCAACGAGAGGAGAAGUUCCAGAUAGAUCUGAUGGCGCCGCCUCCUCCGUUGAGGUCGUCUCCGGAAAGAGAUGUUGUGAUGAACAUGGUUGUUGACGCAGAGAAAGAAGUGAAGCCUGCGAUGAAGCAGGAUGAGAAACAAGUGAGAAUGAAUAAAGACGAGGCAGCAGUGGGUCUAGAAAAAGAGAAAAUGAGAGCUAUGGUGGAAGAAGCUGAAUCCAACAAAGCAGUUAAUUUCCUGAAGGAAAGGGGUAUUGAUUUGCACCUUGACUUGGAAAAAACUGAUAAGGGAGACACUGGUGCAAAUGGCACUUUAGCUAGCAAGAAGCAGCAUCAAACAGUUCAGAGGCAACAGCCGCAGCAAACAAACUCGGAUAAAAAUGUACAAUCCAAUUCUUUGCCACUUCCAAUGUCUGUUCCCAGCUGGCCUGGUGGGCUUCCUCCUAUGAGUUACAUGACACCUUUACAAGGAGUAGUAUCUAUGGACGGAACUACCGUGACUCCUGCUGCCAUACCGCCUCCCCAUCUUCUCUUCAAUCAGCCACGGCCUAAACGGUGUGCAACACAUUGCUACAUUGCUCGUACCAUAAUGUAUCACCAGCAAAUUGCGAGGAUGAAUCCAUUCUGGCCUGCUGCAGCAGGUUCAGCGUCAUUAUAUGGAACUAAGCCUGGCCAUCUUAACAUGGUGCCAUCCACAGAUUUGCAUGGCAAUCUUCCUGGUAGGGCCACCAACUCUACUCAGGACAAGGGCCACAGUCUUGCCAUGUUUCCAGCUCAUAUUGGGAAGGAUAAAGCCACUCCCCCUGCGGCUGUGGACAACCAAUCAAGAAAGCAAAUCUUGCUCCAGCAAGCUUUACCUCCGGGAGCAGCACCUAGUAAUAUAUUGCAUGGCCCUGCUUUCAUCUUCCCUCUGAAUCAGCAGCAAGCAGCUGCAGCAGCGUCUGUUCGGCCUGGAUCUGUCAAGUCCUUGCCGGUUACAAGCAAUGGAGCAUCAUCCGGCCCUUCCAAUUCUGCUCCACCUAAUGCAACUGCUACUGGGGCUGCUGCUGCACCAACAAUGAGCUUCAGCUAUCCGAAUAUGCCUGGCAAUGAAACUCAGUACUUGGCCAUCUUGCAAAAUAAUGCUUACCCAUUUCCAAUACCAGCUCAUGUUGGGAGUCCGCCUGCUUAUCGUGGAACCCAUGCUCAAGCGUUCCCAUUCUUCAAUGGGUCUUUUUAUUCUUCUCAAAUGCUCCACCCUUCACAGAUUCAGCAACAGCAGCAGCUUCCAGUUCAAUCACAGCAGAACCAGCAGCAUGGCCAUCAAAAUACCAGUAUUUCUAGUGGGUCCUCCUCUUCCCAAAAGCAUGCACAAAAUCAGCAACAAAAGCCUAAUGCUGCAACUGGUCCCAAUGGUGGUGUUACUGGUGGUGGUGGUGGUGGUGGAAGUUUGCAAGGUUUCCCUGUCACCAAAAAUCUUUCCUCACAGCCACUCCAGAUGCAACAGCAGCAUCCCAGGCAGCAGUUACCAAAUCAUCAUGCUUCUCAUCCAGCUCGCCAAAUUGAGUCUGAGAUGGGGGGCGAAGACAGCCCGUCCGCUGCUGAUAGUCGCAUUCCCCGAACUACGAUGAAUAUCUAUGGCCAAAGUUUUGCAAUGCCAAUGCAGACACCAAAUUUUGCUUUGAUGUCGCCUGCAUCAAUUAGUGGUGUUGGGUCUAAUGGCAGUGAGAAGAAGCAACCACAACAGCAGCAUCCCGGUUCAAAGGCUGGAGGUGAAGCAUCUCAGGCUUUUGCCGUGUCAUUUGCACCAAUCAAUGGUGCUACUGCUGCCCCUGGCCUUGACCUCUCCUCUAUUGCCCAGAAUCAUUCAAUUAUGCAACAUCAUAAUUAUCAAUUAAUGGCUGCUGCACAAGCUGCAAGUGCUCAGAAUAAGAAGAAUUAUCAUGUCCCUGAAGAAGGGAAAAGUGCUGGUAAUUCUUCAAACCUUGAUGAAGAUAGAAAAACCAUGUCCAGUAAAAUUCAAUCAUCAAUGGGCCAAUCCAUUGCAUUCUCAAGGCCAGAUGUGUCUGACCCCUCAAUAACUUCUAUAGCAGGUAGCAAUGUCAUUGAUAGCUCAGGCCGCAGUCUCAACCUUGGUUCUGCAUCUUCCCGGGCUUCUGCUUCUGUCAUGCCUGCUGCCAUCAACUCCCCUAGUGCAGCCAGUCAAUCACAACAAAUGCAGCGAUGUCAACAGCAAAUUCUUCAGCUUCAGAAGCAGAGUCAAUUCGCAGCUGCGGCUGCAGCUUCCACCCGAAAUAAGACGCCAUCCACAAGUAAUGGCAUUGUUUACUCUGAUAAUCUACCUUCUACAUCUGCAAUGGCCACCAAGUAUCCCAAUGCAGUAUCUGCCUUCCCUCAAAACCUUGUACAGAGCAGCAGCACUGUUGCCCAGUCAGCUCAGUGGAAGAACUCAACAAGGCCAACCACUUCUCAAUCUCCUCCUUCCAUGGCUUCGACAACACCGUCGUCAGUCAAGUCUCUACCCCUACAGCAGCAGGGUCGUUCCCAGCAAGCUCACGCACAAAUAUCUUUUGCAGCCAGUCCAAAACCAUCCACAGCACAGGUGCAACCUUCAAGUUCCACCCAGUCCCCAUCUCCUCCAGUUGUGGUUGGCUCACCAACUACUUCCUCAGUAUCAAAGAACACUGGUAGCCCAAGGACAACAUCGGCAUCAAACAAUAACAAGAUCAGCCAAACUUCUUCCUUAUCAUCACAGCAAGCCAAGAACUCUUCUGCUGUGCCGGCUCGGAAAUCCUCACCUGUUGGUGGCAGGAAUGUCCCAUCGAUCCUAAGUGGCCCUCAGCUACCACCCUCUUCAACAAGCUCUGGGAGUAAAUCCCAAUUGCCACAACAGCAACAAAAGCAACAGCAGCAAUUACCAAAGCAAACAAUGCCACAGGCCCAGCUGUUCUUCUCAAAUCCGUAUAUGCAUUCCCAAGUUUCACAGUCAGGUAGUUCCCCCUCUGCUACUUCGGCUGCUGCAAGUGGGUACUAUAUUCAACGCCGCGGCCCUGAGCAGAUGCAACGACCAGGCUCUUCCGGCAACUCCUCAAAUGGUGCUGCAGUGAACAAUUCAAAAGGCAGUACCAUACCAGGUCAGGGUCUUAUGCACCCCGCCCAGUUUGCUGCAAUGCCACCAUCUGGUAACCACCAUCAGUUUGUUCCUAACUUCCCGUAUGUCCAUCCUGUGCCCACUGCUGUUCAAGUAAAGCCGUCAGAUCAGAAGCAACCCGCUGGUGAGUAGUGGGAUGAGAUAUAUAUCCCUUGGUUGAAACCCUCUGCUGUGCUGUGCGUGUGGUCAAGAAAGAAACAAAGAAAGAAAGCACUGUGAGCUAAGAGGUAUAAUUUGGCAUGGCAUGGCUUUUUGUGGUGAAAGAUGGUGUCUUCGAUGCUGUAUUAUUCUCUUUCUCCCUUUUUCCCCCUUAUUAUCUUCUACUUCUAGGCUACAAGAGCAGUAAACAUCUUUUUGACAAGUCUAUGUGGGUAGGAUGAAUGUGUAUGUGUCUGGACAUAUAUAACAGUAACCCUCAUUUUUUAAUUUAAAGAUCAAAGAUGAUUUUCUUCUUC